AUGGAUACUAACAGUGACCGCCUUGCUGAACAACUCUACAAGGUUAGUCAGAAUGGUAGUGACCAAGCAGUGCUUGAGCUGCUACAAAGAGGAGCUCCACCCAACAACAGUGACUACUACACUAGAAAGCGUAGUAGAGACACUCCACUACACAGAGUAUGUGCUCGUAACAAUCUCCGAAGUGCAGAACUACUCAUCAAGUUUGGAGCCAUUGUAGCUGCUACAGCUAACAAUAGCUGGACCCCCUUACACUGGGCAUGCUUCUACAACAGUGAGGACACUGUUCAGCUGUUACUGCAGCACCAUUGUCCCACAGAUAUCAAGAUCAUACAUGGACGAACUGCUGCUGUUGUGGCCAGAGAGUAUGGGUACCCAGCCUUGGCUGACUAUGUGGAGGCGUUCCAGCCUGGACCUAGAGAUCCUCUGUCCACUUACCCAACACUGGAACAGCUGAGUUUGCUGGAAUGUGACCAAUGGCUUCAACUUGGUGUUCGCUUGGGAUUGGGCAAUGAUCAACUGGAAAGCAUAAGGAAGAGCCAACAUCCCACAGCAGCAACUCUCCAGGCAGCUAAAAUCAAGAAUAUUGACAUGCAGUGGAAGGACAUUGUGGAAGCUCUAGUGAGCAUUGGAGAGUACAAGUUGGCAGAGAGUGUAUGCACUCAGCAAGGAGAAGGUGAGAGUGCUCUAUCAGUGAGUGCAUUCUAUGGCUGGCUGGACUGUAUCAAGCACCUUGUGGAAACUGUGGGCCUCAAUUCAAAAGGUGAACUAAUUUUAUCCUUUCCCUCCUAG